GAAAUCAGUAUAGAAUAUAAUUUAAGUGAAGAAAAUAUGGUUGGUGAAAAAAGUAAAACCGUUGAGAAUAAUAUUUUAUUAAGUUUAUGGUACAUGGCCAAUUUAGAGACAUACAGGAAUUUGUUAUGUAUGAUUUUAUAACUGUGGACAACUUGGUGAUCGAUUUGAUGUGUCGAAAAGCAAUGCACAUGGUAUUGUCAGAAAAUUUAUUUCCAUUAUGGAAGUCCAUAAGCAUAAGUUUAUAAAAUGGCCUCGGGGAAAUGCUAUACAUCAAACUCUUCAAGAUUUUAAACACCUUAGACCAAAGGCUUUCCCUGGUGCUUUCAUGGCCUUGGAUGGAUGUCAUAUUAAAAUUCCUACUCCCUGGAAUAAACGUACACGAAUGAGGCAUGUUGAUCAACGUUGCUAUAUCAACCGCAAACAUGUAGCUUCUGUAGUUUUACAGGGAAUAUGUGAUAGCAAUCAAAAAUUUACCAAUAUUUUUGCGGGUUGGCCUGGUGCAUCACAUGAUGCCAGGAUUUUUAGAAAAAGUAAUAUAGGUGUUGCUCUAAAUGGUCCACUGCAGAAUUUAGUUCCAGAAAAUUGUUACAUCUUAGCAGAUUCUGCAUAUCCAUUAUCGGAUAAUGUAAUGGUUCCAUAUCAUGACAAUGGUGCACUAACACCUGAAAAGCAUAAUUUUAAUCGUAUCCUGAAUUCAUCUAGAGUAGUAAUAAAAUUAACAUUUGGAAAGUUGUUGGAACGAUUCAGGUGAUUUAAGUAUGUAUAUUUAGAAAUAUUAGGUAAAUAUUGAUAUUUAACACUGUACCACUCAUUAUUGCUGCCAUAAACUCACUCCCUAAACAUAUCGUUACUGACAUACAAUUUAAGAGUACAAUAUGUUUGGUUAUACAAAUAAUUUAAAUUAUUUUAUUAUAUACCCUUGUUUCUAAUUAAUUUUUACAUUUUGUAGGUACCUUGAAGUUUACAACAAAGAUUUUUGUGGUGCUUUUAUUUCAGCUGCAUGCUGUUUGCACAACAUAUGUAUGGACCAAAAUGAUCAAAUUGACUGUGCAGAUUAUACUUCUCAAAAUCAAGAAUACAAUUUAAAUAUUUCUGAAAUUAAUCUAAACACAACUAAUAAAAGAGAUGAAAUUUGUAAUGAAUUAUCUAUAAAUAUAUAAAUAAAAUUCAAUUUAAAUAUCGACACUUGUUUUAUUUUCAUGAUAAAUUUUAAUACAAAAUAAUUUUAUGUCUUUUACAAGUAUUAUGUCGAACCAUGCUUUGA